AUGCUGGCUCGUUAUUUAUGGAUUGGAGCAACUGCCACAUGUUUUUUGGCACUCUUAUCAACCCUGUGGACCUUAUUCAACGCCUAUCAGCUUUGGGCUACAAUUCAGGAUGUGGAAAAUGCCAUUGUUGAUUUAAUUGAUGAAGCUUGUCAAAUUCUCCUUCCCAUUGGAGUGUGCAAGCAGAUUUGUCAUCCUCACCACAUUGGGACAGUCAACGCCAACUACGGAAUCAAAGGACAAAAACAAGACGUUAAACCAGGCACUCGGGACAAUCGAUAUCCAGAAGAUGUCACAUUCCCACCGUCCGAUAUUGAAAAGGUGUAUGAUGUGAUGGGAGACGAGGACGCUCGAAAGUCGAAAACAAUGACAUUGGUGUCGUUAGACGAGGGCAGUUUGGAGGAGAAACCUCCAAAGAACAGUGAAAGUGAUAAGGUAAAGACAAAAAACUGGAAUUCCAUUUCUGGGUUACCAAAAAUACAUUUUCAGAGAAAACCGGUUAUCCCAUCGGCUGCUCGUACACCAACCAACAAUCCAUUCCAAAAACAACUAUCCCGUGAAAUCCUUCUCACUCCGAAACAGUCUCUAAAAACUGCAAACGAGGGAACACGGAAAACGGCAUCUGUUGAGCAAUUGGUAGUUGCAAAGAAGAGUCGAGAACCAGUGACACCAUCAUCUGGAGGAUCGUCUGGAGGUGGAAGACGGAGUAAAAAAAAUUGGGAUGAAAUGGGAGCAUUUGAUGAGAAGAAAAGUAAAGAACUACCGAGUAGAGAACAAAUUUCUGGUGGCGGAGGAGGAGGUACUGCAGAUAAAAGAACACCCAGCAGAGAAAGUAAUAGUAAAAGCAAGAGUAAAAAAGCAUUGCCACCAAAGAUGGGAACUGCCGAACCGAUUUGA